UGAAAAUAAAAGAUAAACAAAAAUACUAAGCGAGAGCUCUGCAAAAAAUAACACAAAAAAACCGAACCCAGCAGCUAUAGAGCUGUUUGGUCCUCUGACCAAAACCCCAACAGAGAACAAUGGAAGAGGAACCCUCAGCGAAAUCCCGAUCAAGAGGAUGCACCGUUAACGAAUGCCAAGACAUGAUUCAAAGAAGUCUCCGGACUCCAAUGGUGAAAUUUUUGAAGGAGCAAAUGAAGAAAGCUGGGUGUAAGUUAGGGGAUAAUUUCAUCAAGGCAGUUCAUUGCGAUACGCAGAUUGGGGGAGGCUAUCUUCGUGGUGAAGGAAUAGUGGUGUGUAGCAACCAUAUCGACAUGCAAGACGAGGUCAAUCAAGUGGUUAUACAUGAGCUUAUUCAUGCAUAUGAUGAAUGCCGUGCUGCAAAUUUGGACUGGACAAACUGUGCUCAUCAUGCCUGUAGUGAGAUUCGAGCUGGCCAUCUAAGUGGUGAUUGCCACUACAAACGGGAAUUGCUGCGUGGUUUUAUGAAGAUAAGGGGCCAUGAACAAGACUGUGUGAGGAGAAGAGUUAUGAAAUCAGUGACUGCUAACCCUUCCUGCUCGGAAACAGCUGCAAGGGAUGCCAUGGAGGCCGUGUGGGAUAUCUGUUUCAAUGACACAAAGCCCUUUGACAGAGCUCCUUGAAAUUCGGUCAUAGCAACCCCAACCAAUGGUUCUUUACUUGCAUGUAUUUCAAUCUAAAGAUAAUAUUCAUUUCUCUAAGAAACAUUUUUCCCCUCUUGGAGAUGACUGAAAGGAAAGGAUUGUACCAUUUCUGAAUGUUCUACAAAUUCUAAACUAAUGGUUAUUGAGGUCAGAUUCAGAGAA